GCGUUGCUUGCUGUUUUUGUUACAGACUCGUACGGAGACAGAGUCUUUACCGCUGUCACGCUUUAAAGUAACCCCAGACCGCUGAUGCAAGCAUUUUCUCUCCACCGUUUGCAGCCUCUUGUGCUCGUCUUUUUAGUGUUUAUCGAGCAAGAAAGGAGAGAGAGAGAGACAGAGGUAGACAGAAGGAGGGAGUGUGAGAGAAGAAGCAUGACCGCCGGGGGAGCACGGAAGGAGGAGAUGACAGACUAGUCGUGCUGGAAGAUCAUUUUCUGUUUUUUUUGUUUUUUUUUCCAUCUGUCAUACAAACCUUUUGGUGACUUUCCCAGUAAAAAACACAGUGACUAAGCAGGGGUCUCCUCUCUCUCUCAACCUGCAGGAUCUUCCUUCUCAGAUUAUGACUGGUGUUGUGACUCUUACCUUGGGCCUCUCCCUCAACCGUUUCCAACUGGGUGAAGAAAGCGAAAAGCAGUUUUAAUGAAUCAGUAUUCGCUAGCCGACGCCAUGACAGACAACUUGAGGAUUUUAUAAUUCUCUCCGGAGGAAGAGCGUCGCAUCUUGUAAGGAGCCACAGAGGAAACUUCACAGUUCCAAAGUUACCAGAGUCUAACAUGGGGUUUGGCGUGCUGGGAGUGUUUCUGGGGCUGCUCCUGGAGGUGUCCACCCAUGGACCCCACGCUGUGCCUCGGACGUCCUGGAGACACCAAGAUUUGGAUCUGAUGGAGUUUUCCGAACCUGGGAUCUUCAACUACACCACAUUGUUGCUGAGUGAGGAAAAGGAUGCGCUGUAUGUGGGAGCCAGGGAGGCCAUCUUUGAGCUCAGCAAGAACGAUGUGACAGUCAAAAAUAACAAGGUUCAGUGGAAAGUUGCAGAAAACCCAAUGGCCAUGUGCACGCUGAAAGGGAAAUCAAAGGAGCGGGAUUGCCUAAACUACAUCCGAGUGCUCCAAGUCGUGGACAGCCAGCGGUUGUAUGUCUGCGGCACUCACGCCUUUCAGCCUCAGUGUGACUACUUGCACCUCUCUAACUUCUCAUUGGUCGGUCGACCUGAAGACGGCAGGGGGAAGUGCUCCUUUGACCCCUCUCAAAGCUUCACUACUGUCAUGGUUGAUGGGGAGCUGUACUCAGGGACAGCUUAUAACUUCUUAGGCAGUGAACCGAUUAUUUCCAGAUACUCUCCAUCACAGUCCCUGCUGAGGACGGAGUACUCCACAUCAUGGCUUAAUGAGCCCAGUUUUGUUUUUGCCGACGUGAUCAAAGAAGGCGCAAAUAGAGUGGAUGGCGAGGACGAUAAAAUCUACUACUUCUUCACUGAGGUGUCGGUUGAAUACGAAUUCUUUGGCAAGCUGCUCAUCCCCAGGGUGGCGCGCGUCUGUAAGGGUGACCUCGGGGGUCAGCGCACUCUCCAGAAGAAAUGGACGUCCUUCCUGAAAGCCAAGCUGGUCUGCUCCAUGCCCGAGCUCAACUUCGUCUUCAAUGUAGUACAUGACGUCUUCAUCCUGAAGGGAGCAGACUGGAGGGACACCGUCAUCUACGGGGUCUUCACCUCCCAGUGGGGUAACGUGGGUCUGUCAGCAGUGUGUGCUUACAACAUGACUGCUGUGGAAGAGGUCUUCUCAAAGGGCAAGUACAUGCAGAAGGCCACAGUGGAGCAGUCCCACACCAAGUGGGUCCGCUACAACGGCAUCACCCCUUCUCCACGUCCAGGAGCAUGUAUGAACAGCCAGAUGCGACAGCAGAACAUCAGCACCUCUCUCCACCUGCCCGACAAAACCCUCCAGUUUGUUAAGGACCACCCGCUGCUGGAGGAUCCCGUCCUGCCCAUCGGCAACGGGCCUCGCCUCAUCACCAAAGACGUCAACUACACUCAGAUCGUGGUGGAGAGGGUCCGUGCGCUCGACAAGAACAUUUACGAUGUCAUCUUUACUGGAACAGAUAAGGGAAUCCUGCACAAGUCAGUGGUGAUCGAUGGAGAAGUGCAUAUUGUGGAGGAGAUUCAGCUCCUGAAGAACUCGGAGUCCAUAAAAAACCUGCUGCUGUCCUCUCAGACGCGCUCGCUGUAUGCUGGUUCAGACUCUGGUGUAGUCCAGUCCCCCACCGCUUUCUGCAGCAGGUAUCUGUCCUGUGAUGACUGUAUCCUGGCUCGAGACCCGUACUGUGCCUGGGACCCUCGCAGCGCUGCCUGCGUCAACAUCUUUGAGGUUCCAAGUCGGCAUCAGAGGUUCAUCCAGAGUCUGAAUGGUGAUGCAGACAAGUGUCCUUCAGUGUCAGGCCGGUCUCUGAAGGACUACCAGACUGUGACGGUGAAGCCGGGGAGCUCUGCCGAGCUGCCCUGCCUCGUUCACUCCAACCUGGCUCAGGUGAUGUGGAAAUCCAACGGCUCCCUUCUCACCGAGGCCUCCCGCUUCCACUUCAUCGGCGAAAAUGGCCUCCUCAUUUACAGCGUGGCUCCGGAGGAUCAAGGCCACUACGAGUGCUGGUCCGUGGAGUGGGCCCCCGCCGCCAGGAAGAACUUCACCCGCCUCCUGGCUGCGUACGUCCUCUCUCUGGAUCUCCCAUCCAGACCCCCUCUCCAGGCGGGCCAUGUCACCACCACCCUCGGCAUUCAGGAUUCAUCUAGCACACACGGAGCUGAAGGUAAUGGUAAGACAGACAGAGCCCCACUAACUUCAGCCCUCGCCCCUCCCAGCUUCACAUCCCCAGUCCAGCUCACCUCCCCUCCCCAGACUGACUCAUCACUAACCCCGCCCCCAAGCAGCACAAUCAAGCUUCAGCCAAAGCCGCAUCUUCCCCACAGCUCCUACGCCCCCCUCCCAGACAGCCUGGACCCAUCGGCGGAAUAUUUAGAGCAGAACAACAGCACCGCCCUCCUUCUUCUCUUCCUCCUCUUCUUCCUCCUCUUCCUUGCUGCACUGGCGUACAACUGCUACAUGCAGUACCUGCCGGCGCCCUGCCUGCGCAUGCGAGCCGCCCUGCUGGGCAGCCACAAGAGCGCCCAUCAGCCCGAGUAUCUCUCCUGCGAGGCGGGGCUCAUGGAGGCAUCCGCAACCGACAAAAUAAACAUGACGGAGCAGCCCACGCAGAACGGCAGCCAGACCUCGCAAAACCUGCGGGCCCUUCGAGACACUGGGUACGAGACGGAGCCCGAGUGCAGCAACGGGCAGAUCCCGUCGCACAGUUUUUGCGGAGACAGCCAGUCUCAGGAGAAACCCUUUGAUGUGGACUGUGAAUCCCAGCCCAUCCAGUUCGCAGACGCAGAUGAACCCUACUGCUAACCAGAAGCUUCGGUUCCUCUUAGCACAGAGACUGUUCUCUCUUUCUCCUCCUUCGCACAACUUAUAACGCAAAGGUUUUCUCUUCAUAAAAAGCAUGUUGAAGUGAAGUCGGGCGCUUUAAUUUCUGCCGUCUGGCUUAGAGCUGACAACAAGAGAACAAAAACUGUUUUUUGUGGGAAGCUGCGCCCUCUUAGCCGAGUCCAGCAAGAAAAGCUAUUUCUUAAAUUCCAAAUUGGAAACAUUGUUUACCAAAUUGGUAAGUUACCUUGAUGUUUUCCAAAUUGGGAGUCAUGUUUUUGUACAGCAUGAGUGAAAAUUAUAAGCUUUUGCAUUUUUUUUUUCUUUCUUUCAAAGCUGUGUUUUGGCUUUUUGGACUUUAGUCAAUGCUUCAACGUUACAGUAAUUUUUCUCAGGGAAGAUUUGCUCACUUUAGGCCUGGCUUUGUUGUGCGGCGCUGACAUCUGCAGCUCGCGAUAUGUGGGCCUUAAUCUCACCCAGCGAGCGGUGAAGCAGGCCUGAAGGUCGUCAGAAAAGGAGCGAAGGAUGACUUUGCAUAUUAGGAGAAAAAAAAAAAUCAACCACUGUCUGUCUAGUGUAGAGCUGCCUGGAAUGUUGCUG